AUGGCUCUGUCAGCCUCCAUUGUGGCGAACCCUCGAAACUUUGACGCAUGGAUCGCCCUGAUGAAACUGGUUGAGAGCUCCGGCACGGACGGGGAGAAGUGCGAACUGUAUGAGCACUUCCUGUCUGAGUUCCCACUGUGCUGGGGAUACUGGAAAAGGUUGGCAGAUCUUCAAACUCGUACCU